AUGGUUGAAGUCGGACAAUCCUUGCGGUACCACCCUAACUCGGGUGGACACCAUAUAUUCAAUCUAAACCUAGCUCUGAUUAUUGUGUCGACAUUAUUAGUCUCUCUCCGUCUAUUCACGCGCAAGACUAUAGCAAAGGCUCUAGGCUGGGAUGACUUCCUUGCAAUAAUAGCAUGGGCCUUAUGUGUCACAAUCUCGGCCCUUGAGAUGGACACGACCAACUAUGGCACCGGGGCCCAGAUUGAGGAUGUUCCCCGACCGACGCUGCUUCAAUUUUUAAAGAGGCUUUCCAUCAUGGAAUUGGUCUACUUCCUCGCUUCUGGUGCAGUACGCUUAUCCAUAUUGGCGUUUCUUCCGCGCUUGAGCAAGAACAAGGUGUAUACCUGGAGCAUUUAUGCCCUCAAUGCCAUUGUGAUCAUAACAAGUUUGUCGGGUUUCUUUUUCGUCUUGACAGAAUGCUCGCAGAUACCCGAUGUCUUCAAUUAUUCCAGCACAUGGCGGCAAUGCAGGGACAAACGAGAGGAGCGAUCGAUGAUGCUGGCCCAUGCCAUGAUUUGCAUAUUUGUUGAUUGUAUGCUGGUUGUCCUUCCGCUGUGUGUCGUAACGAAUUACGUCAAAAUGGGGGUCAAGGCUAUACAAAUUUUGCUCGUGUUUUCUCUGGGUAUUUUUGCCGUCGUCACCGGCAUCGUUCGCUUUUCCAUCAUCGUCACGACUGAUUUCAGUGUCAACACCACAUACAAGAUGCUUACAGUAGCUGCGUGGACCGACGCUGAGCUUCAUGUUGGUCUCUGGGUCGGUUGUUUCCCAGCACUGCAGCCUCUGCUUCGGCAUGUAACUUUGAUGCUCGGCAUGCGCAGCCAGUUGGAUAGCACGGGCGCCGCAAGCAAGAGAAACACGAUGACAUCCACAGCGACUUCCAAUAGGAAAAGCGUUUUGAAUAGAUGGUCACGGAGUACUGUAUAUGUACGCAGCGAGAGCGCCGGAAGCCAGCCGCUGGAAAAUGACGCCGGGCAAGUUGAGGUUGUAGGUGGCCUGUCUGAAGAUGUCGAGAUGGUGGAUCUCGAGAAGGGGGAAGGCGCUGGUCAAGUUGGCAAGCAGACAGAUAACUAG